AUGGUUGACCCAAAGAGACACAUCAACAUCCUCUCGGAGGAGGAUCAGCUAUUCCUGAACGAGUGCGAGGAGCAGUUCGGGGAUCGCUUCUCGCAAAAUGAUGCGGAUUUCAUGGCGUACUGUGCCCAACCGGUUCGGUCUCCGCCGGUUUUGGAACCCUGGCAGAAUCGCAACUUCCAGGGCGGUUAUGGAGGCGGUGGCGGCGGCGGCGGUGGUGGACGAGGACGCUUCAACAACCAUCGUGGCGGCGGCGGCAGGGGUGGUGGGCGUUACAACCACCACAACCGCAACCAGGACUAUCGCGAUCGGCCGUACCAGCAGCAUGGGGGCCGCUACAACAACAAUAACAACAACAACCGUGGGGGCGGACGGGACAACAAUCGCUACAACUCGGACUUGGCCGGGUUCUGGCAGUUCCAUGUGACCGCCGAACCAGCAUUUGCUAACGCUGGCAACGACGUUGGUUCGACGCCGUACCAGUAA